GCCACCGGGGUGUAGUGCAUCACUCGGAGCCCACCAGCUGGGCGUGACUCCUCGGUUCCCGGAGGGUCCCUGCAGCCCUUGGCCGGGGAGGAAAAGCGGUAGGAACGCCUGUCUUCAGGCAGGAGGCGUUCUCGCAGUCCCGGAUGCGGCCGGAGGGCGCGGGAAUGGAUCUCCGUGGCUGCGAGGAUCGCCUGCCGGAGGAGAGCAGGAGGGAGCACUGGCAGUUGCUGGGUAAUUUGAAGACGACUGUGGAGGGUUUGGUGUCGGCCAACAGCCCCAACGUCUGGUCUAAGUAUGGCGGUCUGGAGCGGCUGUGCCGGGACAUGCAGAGCAUCCUCUACCACGGUCUCAUCCAUGACCAGGUGUGUUGCCACCAGACUGAUUACUGGCAGUUUGUGAAAGAUAUCCGGUGGCUCAGUCCGCACUCAGCCCUCCACGUAGAGCAGUUCAUCAACUUGUACGAGAAUGGCCAGAGCAGUGCCAAUGGUGUGAGCGAGCGUGCCAUUGCAGAGUUGUGGCUACAGCACAGUUUGCAGUUUCAUUGUCUCUCAGCCCAGCUCCGACCUCUGCUUGGGGACAGACAGUAUAUCAAAAAGUUCUACACAGAUACUGCUUUCCUAUUAAGUGAUGCCCAUGUCACAGCCAUGCUCCAGUGCCUGGAAGCAGUGGAACAGAACAACCCCCGCCUGCUGGCUCAGAUCGAUGCAUCUAUGUUUGCCAGAAAGCACGAGAGCCCGCUGCUGGUGACAAAGAGCCAGAGUCUGACAGCUCUGCCUGGGUCCACAUGCACCCCUCCAGCCAGCUACGCUCAGCAUUCCUAUUUCGGGUCGUUUUCAAGCCUCCACCAGUCCAUGCCCAGCCACAAUGCAGAGAGAAGAUCUACUUCCUUUUCACUCUCUGGCCCUCCCUGGAAACCUCAAGAAAGCAGGGGGCAUGUCGCAGCAGUAGAGGACCCAACCGGCCAAACACCUCAGCCUUCAGUGUCUGCACUGUCUGGGGAUUCCCCCAUAACCUCACAGGAGAUGAGCUCCAGCACUCUGACCAGCCCCCUAGAAGCAUCAUGGGUCAGCAACCAGAAUAAUUUCCCAAAUGAUGCCAGUGAGGGGCCCGAGUAUCUGGCCAUUGGCAACCAGGACCCUCAUAGCCGGACUGCCAGCUGUCAGAGUCACAGCAGCAACAAUGAGAGCAGCAGUUCCAACUUGUUUUCCUCCAGUAGCUCCCAGAAGCCCGAUUCUGCUGCUUCUUCCUUAGGCGAUCAGGAGGGAAGUGAGCAAAGCCGGAUGUCCAGUGUCCUUCGUAGGUCCAGCUUCUCAGAGGGACAGACACUGCCUGUCACCAGUGGGACAAAGAAGAGCCACACUCGCUCCCAUUCAGAUACCAACAUUGCCUCCAGAGGAGCCCCAGGAGGCCCCAGGAAUAUCACCAUUAUAGUUGAAGAUCCCAUUGCAGAAUCCUGCAAUGAUAAGUUGAAGUUGAGAGGUGCCUUGUCCUACUCUGGCCAAAGCAGUGAAGUCAGCACACCCAGCUCUCUCUAUAUGGAGUAUGAGGGUGAACGGUACCUGUGCUCAGGAGAAGGCAUGUUCCGCAGACCCUCAGAAGGACAGUCCCUCAUCAGCUACCUGUCUGAGCAGGAUUUUGGCAGCUGUGCAGACCUGGAAAAGGAGAAUGCCCACUUCAGCAUCUCAGAGUCCCUGAUUGCCGCCAUCGAGCUCAUGAAGUGCAACAUGAUGAGCCAGUGCCUAGAAGAGGACCAAGUCGAGGAGGAGGACAGUGACCGAGAGAUCCAGGAAUUGAAGCAGAAGAUCCGCCUCCGGCGCCAGCAGAUCCGCACCAAGAAUCUGUUCCCCAUGUACCAGGAGGCUGAGCAUGGGAGUUUCCGGGUCACCUCCAGCAGCUCCCAGUUCAGUUCACGUGAUUCAGCACAGUUCUCUGACUCUGGCUCUGCUGAGGAAGUUGACGAUUUUGAAAUCCAAGAUGCUGUCAUCAAAAGGAACACAGCCUCAAACGGCAAAGGUUUCACUUCCUCUCAGUCCUUCUCCCACAGCUUUCUGCACUCCACAUCUGCUGAGGCAGUGGCCAUGGGUCUCCUCAAGCAGUUUGAGGGCAUGCAGCUUCCGGCUGCCUCGGAGCUGGAGUGGCUAGUCCCAGAGCAUGAUGCCCCACAGAAGCUCCUGCCCAUCCCCGACUCACUGCCCAUCUCGCCAGAUGACGGGCAGCACGCUGACGUCUACAAGCUGCGUAUUCGUGUCCGUGGCAACCUGGAAUGGGCCCCGCCCCGGCCUCAGAUCAUCUUUAAUGUUCAUCCAGCCCCAACGAGGAAGAUUGCCGUGGCCAAGCAGAAUUACCGCUGCGCGGGAUGUGGCAUCCGGACCGAGCCAGAUUAUAUCAAGCGGCUGCGGUACUGUGAGUACUUGGGCAAGUACUUCUGUCAGUGCUGCCAUGAGAAUGCCCAGAUGGUCAUCCCCAGCCGGAUUCUGCGCAAGUGGGACUUCAGCAAGUACUACAUCAGCAAUUUCUCCAAGGACCUGCUCCUUAAGAUCUGGAACGAUCCUCUUUUCAAUGUGCAGGACAUCAACAGUGCCCUCUAUAGAAAGAUCAAGCAGCUCAAUCAAGUCCGACUGUUGCGGAUCCAACUCUGUCACAUGAAGAACAUGUUCAAGACCUGCCGCCUGGCCAAAGAACUUCUGGAUUCUUUUGACACAGUCCCAGGCCACCUGACAGAAGAUCUACACCUGUACUCGCUCAACGACCUAACUGCAACCAAGAAGGGGGAGCUGGGACCCCGGCUUGUUGAGCUCACCAGGGCAGGGGCCGCCCACGUAGGGCGAUGCAUGCUCUGCCAGGCCAAGGGCUUCAUCUGCGAGUUCUGUCAGAAUGAAGACGACAUCAUCUUUCCUUUUGAGCUCCACAAGUGCCGGACCUGUGAAGAAUGCAAAGCAUGUUACCAUAAAGCGUGUUUCAAGUCUGGCAGCUGUCCAAGGUGUGAGCGGCUGCAGGCCCGGAGGGAGUUGCUGGCCAAGCAGAGCCUAGAAUCCUACCUGUCAGACUAUGAGGAGGAGCCCACUGAAGCCUUGGCCCUGGAAGCCACCGUCUUGGAGACCACGUGAGGAAGUCACUGCAAGCCCUUUCUCUGGGGCUAGGGUCACACACCGUGCAGAGCUGAGCCAGCCUUUGAAGGACUUUCCCAACUUGGGACCUCUCUCUCUCUCUAUAUAUAUAUAUAUCAUUAUCCUUUUUUUUUUGUACAACUCUCCUGAUGUCCAUGUGUAUUCAACCUUUGUCAGGUUUCAGGUUGCUGCAGUGCAGUCUGUUGUGGCAGACAGUUUACAGGCAUCAGAUAUUUCCAUCAGCACUGACAUGUGGGUCCUCCAGCAAAGAUUCCAGUGCUUCUCUCAGUGGAGAGACAGCAGGACUCACUUCUGAUUGCUGUGGCCUUCCACCGAGGACCAGAUCUGGUUUCAGCUGCAUCUCAGAUCAUUUCCGGGUGAACUUUGUGUUAGUUGUUGAGUUCUGAGCCAGGCCUUUCUCAACCAGUUAUCUUCUCCUUUGCUGCUAGCAAGGUGGGAUUGGAGUUUUCUCUUCCCCAGUCCUAUAGGGUCAGAUCUCCCCAAGGAGAAGCAGCAGAGAAUGGACAUUGUAGGCCUCCUUAGGUUUUGGUGGGGGCCAUAAAAACAGAAUUGUUACUACCCCAAAAUCCUCAGAGACCCCAAGGAGGCAACUAUGAUGUCCUGAGCUGAGACAGAUGGCACAAGUUAACUUCUGUUAUCUGCCCCAGCAGGCUUCAAGCAAAACGGACCAGGCCCCACCCAGGUGUGGCUUCCCACCAUGGGCUUAAGGGAAGCUAUAGCUGUGCUUGAAAGGACCUUUAUUCAUUCUAAGGAGCUGUUGGCCCCUUCUUCACUAACCUAGCUGUCUGGUAUAGAAGCAGCCUUCCAGACAAGCCCCUGUCGCCGUCCUGGGGUGAGGGCAGAACACCCACACCCCUCCUUGUUACUGGAUCCCUUCCUCCUCCGUCCUCUGUGAGCUGGUCCUUGCGGCUCUGAGUCCAAGUGUGAUCCAGCUCUAUCCAUUGUCUCCUUCUGGCAGCAGAGCUAGGACCCCCUUGGCGGCUGAUCUGUUGCCCUAGUUCCUUUCUGCUAUUUGUAGUGCUGUAUAGGACUUGACAGUUCAUGAAUGUGGAGUGAAUGUUCCUGCGUUCUUGAGAAGCUAAGAGCCUUUAUGCCAGUUAUGCACUUAACUCUUCAACUAGCCUAGCCAUUCUUGUGUGCAAUCACCCUUUUGUUCAGACAAAUUUUUAAUAAUUUCCCCUCUCCUGUUAAUGUGUUUUUAAUGGGGAAAGGUCUCGGUUGGGACCAUGUACCUGUUUGUUGUGUUUUUAAGUUGUUACAGUUUCUAACCUUUGUGUAAAACACUGGUCAGGGUUGCUUCUUCAAGGCUGACAGCAGUGUGCCCUGAGACUGACUGAUUCCUGUGUACCUGUCUUCUGGUAGUUGAUUGUUAAUUGCCCCAAAAAAGAAAAAACGGUAGCUUUGGUGCCAUUCCUAGAAGCUGAAGAGAAAAUUUGCAUGUGCUGGUGGAAACUGCUGAGUGUUUCAACCAGAUAUAACUUCUUACAAGGAAAUAGAGGAGCGUUAAGAUAAAGACCAUAGCAAGAGGGAACCUGUAAGAAUUGACUCACAGUGUUGACUGCUCUGCCUCAAACCUGGGAUCUGAAGGUUGUGUUGGAUUGAAAGACUCUGGAGGCUCUUCCCUGUUCAGGUCAUGGUCAAGUUGUGGAAGUCAAGACCCACCCCAGUUUGGAAGGGCUGACCGGAAGCUGCCUUGGCUUCCCAAGGGCUCUGGGAAUGACCUCACAGGACUUGAGCCCCCACGUUCAGACUCAGGUUUGUGAAAAUCAUGAGCGCCACUUCUGGUCUGCGUGUUACAAAUCCCGCUCCUCACUCCGAGUCAGUGCGUAUUCCCUCAGUGCGCCACCUGUCUCUGUACUGGCCUAGGAACAAAGUGUGGAGGGGCAAGCCCUGCUUUCUAAAGCUAGACUCAGCCAUCUCAGAUGCUUCUGAGUUCCCACGUCUUUGUCUCCACCUCUUCCAACCCUUUCACAGCAUACUGUCCUAGCAACCCUGACCCUAAGCUGUCUUUUUUUUUUACCAUCCCAAAUACCCAUUUCUUUCUUUCUUUCUGUAUAGCAGGAAAGGAGAAAGAGCAUGAAAUGUUUCAAAAGCACUUUGCAACUUACCAGUAUAUGAAAAUCUGCUGCUGUCCUGAAUAGAAGUUUCUAAAUGCACUGAAGAGAGAUCUUUAUGACAUAAAAGAGAAAAAGUGUUCUUUUCUGUAAAUUAUGGGCUUGUUCGGGGAGAAUCAGCUUGCUCAUGAGGUGGAGAUAAGAUUCAAGACAUAGCGGAAGAGUGGAAGGCAAAUGUUUUCCACUUAAAUGAGGCUGUUGGUGACUUUUCUCUGCCAAGACUUAAGAGUUGUGAUUUGAUCACUGGAAAGGGAGCAAGGAGUCCAAACAAAAGAUGUGUUACGUGUGUGUGUGUGCGCGCGCACGUGCGCACGGCUCAUGUUCUGAACUGAAUCCCCACUUGUGGCUCCCAUACAUCCCAGCAGUUCAUUGUUGUCUUUAAUAAACUAAGCAAAUGGAAACCUA